GAGCCCCCGGUUGCACCGUACUGGAUUCCAUAUUUCGGCCAUGUUUUUGAGUUUUUCAGGGAUCCCGGGGGACUUGUGCAAAAUCUUCGUAAAAAAUAUCCUGGUGUUCCAUUCAGCUUGGUUAUGAUGGGGACGAAAUUCCACGUCUUUGACUCUGUGGAAUCCGCAUCCACGAUUUUUGGCCGGUCGCGAGACUUUGAUUUCUCUCCGAUUGUAGCAUCGAUGAUGCAAAAUGGACUUGACCUACCAAAUCAGGACACACACAUUUACCAGGGGACGUUCAAGUCGGAAAAUGGGAGCAAGCCAUUUCAAGACCUAAUUCACAAUGCAUACAUUCGCUUUUUGACGGGAAAACAUCUGGAUUCUAUUAUGAAAGUCUACAAGGUGAAUCUUGCUAACUAUGUGGAUGAUAAAGUCAAAGUACCUCGCAUGGAGAAGAGGAAUAUCUUCGUCUUUGAAGAAAUGCGACGCUUAGUGUUUGCAACAUCCGUGACCACUUUUUUUGGAACACGCAUUCAAAAAGACUACCCCGGUUUCUCGGAGGACUUUCGCCUGUUAGAUGAUACCCUCUACGCAGGAGUACGCACCAGCCUCCCAUUCCAGUUAAAUCGGCAAGCAUGGCAGGCGCGAGAGAGAAUUUUACUUGCUUUUGAUCGCUGGAUCGACACCGCCGUGCAGGAAUGGCCCGGUGGGCAUGAAAUCUGGUGCGAAGAAUGGGGAUUGAAGCUCAACUGGGAGCGGGAACGAUUGCAUCGCGACCAUGGAAUCACCCCUCGAGGUCGCUCCUGCUCGCAUCUGUCGUUUUUAUGGGUUUCGAUGACAAAUGUAGGCCCGUUGGCAACGACUUUUUUGAUGAAUCUUCUCGAGUCGUCAGUAUACAUGGAGCAAUUUCGAUCAAAAGCAGAGGCAGUUGUAAAAGGUUGCAGUGGUGAUAUGCUCGAAUUCGACAUCACUAAAUUAAAAUCGGAUCCCUGGGUCCAGGGCUUUUGGAAAGAAACCAUCCGGCUCGGAUCAACGAGCGCUUCAGCGCGGGUCCUACAGAAAGACGAACAACUCGAAGGAUUCAUCCUCCAUAAGGGGAGUUUGGUCUUCCUCCCUGUGCAGUUAAUGCAUUAUAAUCCAGACAUUUUCGAAAAGCCGACCAAGUUUGACCCCGAUCGUUGGAUUAGUGGUGGGGACCAAAGACAAAACUCGAGUUUGCGGCCAUUUGGCGGAGGAUCCAGUAUCUGCUCUGGGAGAUUCUUGGCAGAGCAGGAGACCCUCUUGAUUGCUGCCACAUUCCUUCUUCGUUUCGAACUUAGAGUCAAACCUUUCCAGGAGCCAUUCAAGCCCAAUCCACGAGCUUUGGGAAUAAUGGGUCCU